AUUAUUUUUAAUUCGAAUCACUAUAGUAAAUAGUUGAAAGUGUGGUUGGUCUGAUAGAAAGUGUAUAUUUUGCUUUUAUAUUACACAAACAUGGUUGUUUGUCCGGCUGAACACGGGAUUCAAGCAGAUGUAAUUUUUCUUAUUGAAGGAACCGCAGUAAAUGGAGCUUACAUUAAUGAUAUCAAAACAAAUUACAUCAUUCCAUCUUUGGAAUAUUUCAGCCAAGGAAAUAUAGAUGACACUAACUACGUAUCAGAAAAUGCAAACUCGCUGUACGGAAUUGUCACCUACCAAGCUGCCGAUUGCUUGCCUCACCCAAGUACUGAUACCUAUGGACCUUUUUCAAGUCCUACAAAACUACUGAACACUAUUGACAAAUUGGACUUGAUUGGAGGUAAAGGAGAGUCCCAUUCUAAUAUUGCAGAAGGCCUAGCAACAGCAUUGCAUUGCUUCGAGGAUUUACAACAAAAAAGAGAUGCAACUUCUUCUGUUCAAAAACAUUGUGUUCUCGUUUGCAAUUCUCCGCCAUAUUCUCUCCCAGUUCUGGAAUCUCAUGUCUAUUCCGGAAAGUCUGCUGAACAGCUUGCUACUAUAUUGCAAGAGAAAAACAUCAAUUUUUCGGUGGUAUCACCUAGGAAAAUACCUCAACUUUACAAGUUGUUUGAGAAAGCUGGUGGAGACUUGUCUUCUUCCCAAACUAAAAACUAUGCAAAGGAUCCAAGGCACUUAGUUUUACUUAAAGGAUUCAGUCUCAAGGAACGACCCAUCAGCCCACCAGCAGGAAAUGUUACAUCAAGCCAGUCCCAAAUCGCAAACACAGGAAUACCUAUAACCUCCCUUCCCAGUCCAUUGCCUGGUAGCGACAGCCCUAUACCUACCCGAGAACCGAAUGUCAACAUUCUAGGCAAUGCUUCUGCUGGCGUUGUAGCUGCUGUAGGACAGAAUAAUGUCUAUCGACCCCAAGGACCUCCAGGACUCAACAUGGCACAGCAAAAAGGGGUAGGAAGUUUAAAUGUUGGCGGGGGACGAAUGAUGGGCAAUCCACAAAUGCCUAUGAUGCAGGUUAACGCUCCUCCGGGUUACCAUAAUACUGGUCACGUAAAUCGCACGUCUCCGCACUGGCCUAUGCCUCCUCCCGUGCAACAACCACGUCCUUACCUGCAGCAGCCCAACCAGCAGGGUGGAGCCACUCAGGGCAGUGCACUGAUCGACCAGCUUACACGACCCCCUUCAUCGAUGACAGCAACCGGAGUCAAUCAAUUUGGACAAAUGUCUGCUAACUCACCUAUAAACAAAAUGACAAUGAACCCACAAGGAAACGUUGGGAACGUACAGACUUCCAUGACCCCCAUGGCCCAGGUGUCUCAAGCAAACCAAGUGGUCACUUCUCAAUCUCAGGGCAUGGCGCAAGGGGUCCAAGGACAACCUCAGCAGAUGGGUUCCGUGAGAGAGAGGAACACCAUCUGGCAAGGGCUUUUGGAAUGGAUAGAGAAGCCGAAGAAUGCCACAGAUCAACAGAAGAUUACCAAACACGUUCCAUGUCAAGUGUCGGCUAAUUGCAAGGAUGGGGAACCUGAACUAAAAGCUGAUGGCUGGCCCCAGAAGCUUAUCAUGCAGCUUAUGCCCAAACAGUUGAUCGGGAAUAUUGGUGGAGCAUAUUUGAAGAAUUCCAAGUCCGUCUUAUUCCAUCCUCAGGCAUGUGAUGCCUUGGAGUCUCUGACGAGAGUCAUGAGUUCUGGAUUUGCAGGGUGUGUCCACUUCACGAGUAUCCAACAAAAUCACUCGCCAUGCGACAUCAAGGUACUCAUACUACUGUAUACAGCCGACAAAAGAGCCUAUCUCGGGUUCAUACCCAAUGAUCAGGCAGCUUUUGUUGACAGACUGAGGAAGGUGAUCCAACAGCAGAAAUCCAAUCAACAACAGAUGAGACAGGGUUGUUACGAUUUUCAGGGAGGCCCCGGUGGUCCUUCGAUAAACCCUCAAGUCGUGAAUUCUCCUCAGAUGCCUGGCUCCAACCCGGUCACUUCACAAAACACUCAACAAAAUCUACUUAUACCGCCGACGAACAGCCUCACGAUGGGUGGCGGUCAAAUAACUCAGAACAACGUCGUAGGUGCGACAGGCCAGCCAGGUCAAGUGAUGGGAGGAAUGAUCGGACAGAACGUUGCGCAGGGUGGAAUGAGGCCGAACAUUAGGAUGCAAGGUAUUCAACCAGGCACCAACCAACCGAUGCAACAGAAUAUGAUGCAGACUCCCGUACAAAACGGUCCUAUCGAAAACCAAUUGGAAGUGGAACGUAGGCAGAAUUUGGAGAAGAUAAAUCAGCUUAAACAGACCCUAGAAGCGGCCCAACAGCAGGAGAGACAAUACAAGAGUCAGUUGGAGAGGAUCAGUCACAUGAAGACGUCGCAGUUGGAGCAGGCAUUGCAGGCCGCCCAGCAGACUGAGAUGCACUACAAGAUGCUCGAAAAUCAGCAGAGGCAGCAAAUGGCUAACCAGGCUAACUCUCAAGCAGCAACUGCAACUCCUCAACAGCGAAUGAUGAGGCCCGUCAUGUCCAAUAAUCCAGGAUUGAGGCAUUUACUGCAGCAGCAACCGCAAUAUCGACAGUUGAUGAAUGUGCAACAGAUGGGUGGAAAUGGUCCAAGGCCCCAAAUGGGCCAGCAGAUGCCUAACGCCGCUGGCGGUCAGCAGAACACUUUUGACGAAGUGGGCCCCUUUGACUUCAAUAUUAUAUAGGAAAUAUUUGUUCAGAGUGAGUGAAUAUGAUAUGCUGAUGAUGAAUUUUUAAUUCUAUUAGAAGUAUGAUUUACAUUGAAAAAUUCGAAUCCGUUUCUGAUAUAGAGUUAUUGUUAGUGAAAUUAUUACUCAAGCAACCGUCCUGAUUCAUCUUUCGCCUUUUAAAUAUCAUUUUGAAUGACUGGUAACUUGCUUAGAUGAUGAACUUGAAAUUUUAUUUUCAAAAUUAUAAUGCAAUGCAUUCUUUAUUCAUUA